GCAAUGUUAUAGGCAUUAAUAGGUAUUAGCUCAACUUACUCUUAGCUUGCAAGCCCUUGUGGUUGCUACGUACAAUUCAAUUUUUAUGUAUUUUUUGUCUUCAUUCUAGGGGAUAAUUCUAGAUAUUCUUUUACUAUGGUUAAUAUGCGUGUGCUUGUUACUGGAGGAUCUGGCUUGGUUGGGAAAGCUAUCCAGGAAUUUGUUGAAUACCAGCCUUCAGAUGAGGAGACCUGGAUUUUUCUCAGUUCCAAAGAUGCUGAUUUAUUAGAUGCUAAUGCCACCAAGAAGAUUUUUGAUGAGCACCAACCCACACAUGUGAUACACUUGGCUGCCAUGGUGGGAGGUCUCUUCAGAAACUUGAAGUACAAUGCUGACUUUUUGCGCAACAAUCUCCUCAUCAACGACAAUGUACUGAAGUGCAGCAAGGAGGCUGGUGUGGUGAAGGUGGUGUCAUGUCUUUCUACUUGCAUAUUCCCUGACAAAACUACUUAUCCUAUUGACGAGACCAUGGUGCACAACGGCCCGCCUCACCCCUCCAACAAAGGCUACAGCUACGCUAAGCGCAUGUUGGACGUGAUGAACCAGUGCUACCACGACCAGUACGGCCUCCGCUAUACCUCAGUCAUCCCCACCAACGUGUUCGGCCCUCACGACAACUUCAGCAUCGAGGACGGCCACGUGCUGCCUGGACUCAUCCAUAAGGCUUACCUGGCUAAGCGGGACGCGGUAAGCUUGACCGUGUGGGGCUCAGGGUCGCCCCGCCGUCAGUUCAUCUACUCUCGGGACCUCGCCAAGCUGAUUGUGUGGGUGCUGAAGAAUUACUCGGACAUUGACCCAAUCAUUCUCUCGGUUGACGAGUCCGCUGAAGUGUCAAUAAAAGAAGCGGCCGAAAUGGUGGUGAAGGCUGCCGGGUUCACAGGGCCAGUCGAGUACGACACAUCCAAGGCUGACGGCCAGUACAAGAAAACGGCUAGCAAUGCGAAGCUCAGGAAACUCUUACCGGACUUCGUGUUUACGCCGAUGCAGCAAGCCGUCGAUGAGACGGUUAAGUGGUUCGCCGACAACUAUGACGUUGCCAGGAAAUGAUCUGCUCUGACUAUAGUAGAUUAUUAGGAUGUGAUGAAGCGCUUAUCCUUAUUUUUGACACCUAAAGUCAGUCCUUAUUAGAAGAAAUGUUGUGUUAGCGGGAUUGGAGCAGGUGUUACAUAAAUAUUUCAAUUGUUGUGUGAUGAAAUUUCUAAUAAAAUGAAAUACAA